CGACGGUUAGGUAUAAUACUUCUUGUUUCUUGUUGUUGGAACAUUAUCUCGUUAUUGGCGAACAUUUUUAGCCUUGAACAGUGAAAAGGGGUAAUAGGGGGCGUUUAGCCCCUUUUAUUAGAACAUCUCCAGUGUCGUUUCACUCAGGUAAAGUCCACCUAGGUAAUUUUCGAAUAUUCUUUUCUAGGUAUCCUAAUACUGCAGAACUUGGCCUGGUUAUCCAGAGACCUCUCCAUAUACGCACUGGAUUUGGUAGGCGUUGACUUUCUCAAGGUUAGGCAAAAGCAUGAGAUCUGCAGGUAGGUAGCUAUCUACCUAAAUUACUGGAAUCAUACAGAUACAGGCAAACUCUCGCUCUACUCUACCUAUAGGACUAUCAAUUGAAUACGCAUCACUUUACCUAAUGCGAUUAGUUUUGUCGACUGCCUAAACUUGGGGUAACAAUAGCGCAGCCGGCUAAAUGCGAUGGUUCCCUUUUCGGGGCAUCAUUCCUAAGUCGUGCCGAAGCCAAGAAGCAGUUUUCCAAACGUCAUCGUCGUAUAUAACUUUCAUUCCAAAGUGCUUGCUCAAUGCAUCAGUUCCUGGAUGAUUUGUUCCCCCAUAUUCCAUAAUAUAGACGUUGGCUUAGGCACCUAUUCAUCACCAUCAUGCCUCUAAUUCGCAACCCGAUCUUGCCAGGCUUUAACGCCGACCCUUCCAUACUCCGAGUCGGCAGCGAUUAUUACAUCGCGACAUCUACGUUUGAGUGGUAUCCGGGGGUGCAGAUCCACCAUUCCAAAGAUCUGGCAAACUGGGAAUUGGUCACGCGCCCCCUGAAUCGCAAGUCCCAGUUGGACAUGCGCGGUGACCCAGAUAGUUGCGGCGUGUGGGCUCCUUGUCUUACACACGACGGCGAAAAGUUCUGGCUAGUCUAUACAGACGUGAAGCGCAAAGACGGUUCUUUCAAAGACACUCACAAUUACAUCGUCAAUGCUCCGUCAAUAGAGGGACCUUGGUCCGAUCCCGUGUACGCCAAUUCUUCAGGGUUUGAUCCUUCACUAUUUCAUGACGAUGACGGCAAGAAAUGGUUCGUAAACAUGUUACAGGACCAUCGUCGUCGACCUCGUUCCUUCGCGGGCAUUGUCUUGCAAGAAUUUGACCCUUCGGCGGGGAAGCUUGUUGGUCCAAAGAAAAACAUCUUUCUCGGGACGGAAUUGGAUCUUGUUGAGGGGCCGCAUCUAUAUAAGAGGAAUGGAUGGUAUUAUCUCCUGACGGCUGAAGGUGGCACUGCUUAUCAUCAUGCAUGCACAUUGGCCCGCUCUCGCGAUGUCUGGGGUCCGUACGAAGUGCAUCCGCAAAAACAUAUCCUCACGUCAAAGGACGCCCCACAUGCAGCUUUACAGAGAUCCGGCCAUGGUGAUAUAGUCCAGACCCCAGAGGGGAAGACUUACCUAGUACACUUAACCGGUCGCCCGACGACCCAGGAGCGUCGUUGCGUGCUCGGCCGCGAGACUGCUAUACAAGAAGCUUUCUGGGAAGAUGACUGGCUUUUCGUGAAGAAUGGGCCUGUCCCUUCACUCUACGUCGAAGUUCCGGGAGAGCGCGAUGACAGCAAAUAUUGGGCGGAGCAGAGAUACGAUUUCGCGAAUGGCUUACACAAAGACUUUCAAUGGCUGAGAACGCCUGAGACAGAGCGCAUCUUCUCCACGCAAGACGGGAAGCUCACCUUAUUUGGUCGGGAAAGCAUUGGAUCGUGGUUUGAGCAGGCGUUGGUCGCGAGGAGACAGACUCAUUUCUCCUACGAUGCAGAGACGGUGAUCGACUUCUCUCCGACAGAUGAGAGGCAGUUCGCAGGGCUCGCCGCGUACUAUUGCCGAUACAAUUUCUUCUACUUAACCGUGACGGCCCAUUCCGAUGGUCAGCGAGAGCUCCUCAUUCUGACUUCGGAGGCGUCCUGGCCCGAUGGAAAUCUCAACAGGCCACUCGCGGAUCCGGUGCAGAUACCCAAUGAGGGGAAGGUCAAACUGGCGUUGACGAUCCGUGGUCGCGAACUACAGUUUUAUUACGCCUUUGAUGGUGAAGAAUUAAUGAAAAUUGGGCCGGUCUACGACGCUUCUAUUCUAUCUGAUGAAUGUGGCGGCCAUCAAGCCCAUGGAAGCUUCACGGGUGCGUUUGUGGGGAUGGCUGCUUCUGAUAUAAAUGGGACUGCGCUGCCGGCGACUUUUGACUAUUUCAUCUAUAGACCUGUUCAACAUCAUACUGAUAGAUAUGAUAUAUAGUCUGUUCUCUGUUGAAAUAAGACAUUUUGUAUGUCUAAAACGCAUAGCCCUUGAAUCACUUGUACUGGCUAGUACUUCGGUGGACAUGGAUGCAUGGUUUCUAGUACCAACAAAUAGAUAAAUAAAAUUGUCCUUUUUCUUGCA